AUGGAUAUAGGGCAUGUAAUUGAUGAACAAAUACCACAAGAACAACUUCAGCAUUUUAGAAAAACUUACAUGGAUGAGUUGUCAUAUGGAGAAGUUACUUCCAAUUCUAAAUUUAAUUAUGCACAUGCAUUACUUAGAAGCAAUAAAAAGGAUGUAAAAAGUGGAAUUGUUUUACUUGAAGAAUUUCUAGAAAAAAACGAAGAAGACAUACCAAAAAGAGAUAUUAUUUAUUUUUUGGCUAUUGGUUAUGCAAGACUAACUGAAUAUGAUAGAGCAAUGGCUUAUGUAGAUUUACUUUUAAAAGUAGAAGAAAAUAACAGACAAGCUCUUGAUCUUAAAGAGUGUAUAGAAAAAAGAAUGAGGAACAGUGGUCUUUGGGGAGCAGCUAUAAUUGGUGCCGGUGUAAUAGGUAUAGCUGGUUUAACAUUAACUGCUGUUUUGUCGGGAAAAAAAUAA